AUGAGUGAAAUAUCUGUGUUCAGAUAUGGUUGUGCUAUCUUUUGUCUCAUACUAUAUAUCAUAAUUUUAAUAGCAGCAUAUAGUGGAUUCUUUGAAAUACUAUUAAAAUUUAGACAUCGCGUUCUACUAUCUGAUCCAAACAAUACAAACACGAGUCUAAGUAAUGAAGAGGAAGAUGAUAACACAUUAGAGGGAGUCACUAUAAUACGACCUAUAAAGGGAAUUGAUCCAGAAAUGAAUUCAUGUUUAGAAUCAUCUUUUUUACAAAAUUAUCCAAAAUCGAAAAUUCAAUUAUUAUUUUGUAUUGAUAAUCCAAAAGAUUCAAGUAUUCCAUUAAUAAAAAAAUUGAUAUCGAAGUAUCCAACAAUUGAUUCAGAAAUUUUAAUUAGUGAAAAUUUUAAUUAUAAAACUGAAACAAGUUCUGAUCAUUUUGGUCCAAAUCCAAAAGUAAAUAAUUUAAGUAAAGGAUUUUUAAAAGCAAAAUAUGAUAUAUUAUGGAUAUUAGAUAGUAAUGUAUGGACAAGUUCAAAUAUUUUAAGUAAUUCAAUUAUAACAUUAAAUUCAAAUUUAAAUAAUGGUAGAAAAGUCAGCGCCAAAAGACCAGUUAAAUUAGUUCAUCAUGUUCCUUUAGCAAUAUGUUGUGAUUUAAAUAGUUUGAAUAGUAUAGGGGUAAAUGAUCAAAAAGAUGAAAUCAUGUUAAGGGAUCUUGAAAGUAGUGUUACUCCAAUUCAAUCUGAAGAUGAUUGUUCAGAUAAUUCAACAAAUUCACAAUUAAUAAAAAGAAAAUUAAGUUCAUCUAAAUAUAAUUCACCUGGAAAAUCCAAACCUUCAAAAUCAUCAAAUAAUAAAUCAAUUGGUGCAAAAUUAGAUGAAAUGUUUUUACAUACAUCACAUUCAAAAUUCUAUAUAUCAUUAAAUAAUUUAUCAAUUGCACCAUGUGUAAAUGGUAAAUCAAAUAUUUAUAGAAAAUCAGAUUUAGAUCAAUCAAUUAAAUUAAUACCUUAUAAAAAUUCUGAAUUUUUUAAAGAUUCAUUAGUUAAAAAAAGUGCUUCAUAUUUUUCAAAUUUAGGUAUUGGUCAUUCAAUAAAAUUUUUUUCAAGAUAUAUUGGAGAAGAUAAUAUGAUUGGUAUUGCAUUAUGGGAAAAUUGUAAUGGUAGAACAGGAUUAACAAGAGAUUUAGUUAUACAACCUUUAAAUUCUUCAAAUAAUUCAAUAACUGAUUAUAUUAAAAGAAGAGUUAGAUGGUUAAGAGUUAGAAAAUAUAUGGUUUUAUUAGCAACAUUAAUUGAACCAACUACUGAAUCAAUUAUUUGUGGAAUAUAUGGAAAUUUUGCAAUUUCAACAUUAUUUUGGAAAAAAUGGUUUUCAAUAAAUUUUUUUUUGGUUCAUAUGAUUAUAUGGUGUAUUACAGAUUUAAUUCAAUAUAGAAUUUUAAAUAAUCAUAUAAAAUCAACAAACAAUAUAAUUUAUUUACCAAAAUGGAUUGAAAAAUUUCCAAUUCUUAAUAUUUUUUCACCCGUUGAAUUUUUAAAUUGGUUUAAAAUUUGGUUAUUAAGAGAAAUUUUGGCAUUACCCAUAUGGAUUAUUGCAAUGAUUGGUCAUGAAAUUGAUUGGAGAGGCAAACCAUUUAAAAUUAAAAAGGAUUUAACUGCUGAAGAAUUGUAA